AUGAGCAGAUUAAAUAAACGUCUAAUGCCCCAAUUUUCCAAAUGGGUCUCAUUAUUAUGCGCCAAAGAUUUCUGUAAUAGCUUUUCAAAUUAUUAUUAUCACGUUGCUGGGCCGCGCCGUAUUUUGCAGCACCGUCGGUUCCGAACUGAGGGUGCUUCGAAUUUGAAACGUAGCGGCAACCUUGGCGAACUAGCUAAAAAAUCCCGUUCGGUGAAAGCAGAAGCUAAAGAUGCUUUGCUGGAUUAUUUUCAUUGCACCAGGAGUUUGCAGAUUUUGGAUGCUGAAAAUAUGAGCAAAAAUACCCCCGCUUUUUUUGAUAAAUUGUUGAAGAGAGUCAACAUAGAUGAUGCUAAUGUCGGACCCUCGUUCGCCAGGUUCUUAAGGUACCAUCCCAUUAAUGAAUUUGAGCCAUUCUUCGAGAGCAUAGGUUUGAAACCUUCCGAAUGCUCGUCUCUUCUCCCGCAGAAUUUGAUGUUUUUAAAUGACGACGAGUUACUGCUGGAAAACUAUUACGUCCUGUGCAAUUAUGGCAUUCCCCGUAAUAGGAUAGGGAAGAUUUAUAAAGAGGUUAGAGAGGUUUUUCGGUAUGAUGAUGGUGUUUUGUUGUCAAAGCUUCAAUCUUUUCAAGAAUUCGGGUUGAAACAGUCUCUCAUUGGCAAGAUUAUUGCUUCAAGUCCUCGUCUUCUUGUUGGCAGCGUGGACCGUAACUUUGUGAAUCUCUUGGAAAAUUUAAAGAAUUUAGGAAUAGAAUAUGACUGGCUGGAAGAAAAUAUUUCCGUAGAGGAGUCGUAUGAUUGGAAUCGCAUGCUCGAGCUCAUGCGCUUUUUACGCGAUUUGGGUUUUGGCGAGGAACAACUACACCACUUACUUACUUUACAUCCGAGUAUUCUUCUUCAAUCCUCUGGACGCUUUACGUUUUGCUUGUUUGUCUCCUUGUUGAAAUUCCGGCACACAUCGAGCAGCAUACAAAACUUGCUCCUUGAGUUUCCACAUAUUCCUGUUAUGAAAUUCACGCGUAAUUUCUUGCGUUGUUACGAGUUUUUCGUCAAAAUCAACAUGGAUGCUCAAGAAAUCGGUAAAAUUGUUUCUUUGCAUGCAAUGCUUUUGGGAUCAUGUAAUAUCAGGAAGGCAUCGACUGUAUUUCGUCAUUUCAACAACUGUCAAGCCACGCUGUGUCAAUUGGUCAAGGAAGACCCGUUUGUGUUGAGAAAAUGGGUCCACGGGAAAAAACUAACUCCUCUACCAGUGCAGAAGAGGUGUGUAACUGUACGAAAGAUGAAAACCGAGUUCUUGCUGAGCUUAGGCUUUGAGGAGAACUCAACCGAGAUGGAAAAGGCUUUCAAGCAUUUCCGAGGAAGAGGGGACGAGCUUCAAGAGAGGUGUGAUUUUUUGGUCAAGAUCGGAUUCAGACGUGAGGAUGUUAUGAAAAUGGUUAAAUUAAACCCACAGAUUCUUAACCAGACGAUCGACGUUAUGAAGAGCAAGAUCGAUUCUUUUGCGAAGGAGUUAGGCUACUCGAUGUCCGAUUUGGUUUCUUUUCCCAAAACCCUCUCGUAUAAGGUGGAGCGUGUGAAGAUGAGGCUUUUAAUGCAUAAAUGGCUUAAAGUUAAUGUUGAAGAUCGUGCGAAUUUGUCCUUAAGCACUCUGUUAUCGAGUGGAGAUGAAAAAUUUGUGAGGCUUUACGUGAAGCCUUAUCCCGGAGGACUGGAGCAUUGGAAGGAGUUGAAGAAAAUGAUGUGUUCUGACCAACUGGGUAAUCAGUUAUAA